AUGGUCGACAUGGAGACCCAGUACCAUCCCCCCUCUCCCCUGGAGGACUCGGUGCUGGGCAGUCCCCUGUGUGCUGAUGACGAUUUCAUGGGUGGCAUGGAGCAGCUCCAGGACAUCUCCCAGUCCAUCAGCGACGACGCUCUCAGCUCCUUUGGUGUCCCAAAAUAUCAGUCCUCAAGCAACGGCUCUGAUGGGUCCACCGUCCUCGAUGCGCUCACGCCAGCAUCCAGCCCAUCAUCGGUUGUUUACGGCGUGGUGGCUAGCCAGGAGGAAUUGUCAUCUUCAUCCACAUCACUGAACCUGGAGUGUCGAGUGUGUUCUGACCGCGCCUCGGGCUACCACUACGGAGUCCAUGCCUGCGAGGGCUGCAAGGGUUUUUUUCGACGGACCAUCCGUCUGAAGCUGGAGUAUGACAAGUGUGAACGUCGCUGCAAAAUCCAAAAAAAGAACCGCAACAAGUGCCAAUACUGCCGCUUCCAGAAGUGCCUGUCAGUGGGAAUGUCCCACAAUGCCAUCCGGUUUGGUCGGAUGCCCCAGUCAGAGAAGCUAAAACUAAAGGCGGAAAUGGUGACGGUGGACAAGGAGGUGGAAAACCCCCAGCUAGCUGACCAGAAGACCCUGGCCAAGCACAUUUAUGAGGCUUACCUGAAGAACUUCAACAUGAACAAGGCCAAGGCUCGAUCCAUUCUCAUGGGCAAGACCAACACUGCUCCUUUUGUCAUUCACGACAUGGAGACCCUCCAGCUGGCAGAGCAGACACUGGUGGCCAAGAUGGUCGGCUCUGUGGGAGCGAUGAAGGACAAGGAGGUGGAGGUUCGGAUUUUCCACUGCUGCCAGUGCACGUCAGUGGAAACCGUCACGGAGCUCACAGAGUUUGCAAAGUCCGUCCCCGGAUUCUCGAACCUGGACCUGAACGAUCAGGUGACUCUUUUGAAAUACGGAGUGUACGAAGCCAUUUUCGCCAUGCUCGCCUCCAGUAUGAACAAGGACGGGCUUCUUGUAGCGUACGGCUCGGGCUUCAUCACCCGGGAAUUCCUCAAGAGCCUGCGUCGACCGUUCAGCGACAUGAUGGAGCCAAAGUUCCAGUUUGCCAUGAAGUUUAAUGCACUGGAGUUGGACGACAGUGAUCUGGCUCUCUUUGUGGCUGCCAUCAUCUGCUGUGGCGACCGACCAGGCCUGGUGAAUGUGGCACACAUCGAGGCGAUGCAGGAGAGCAUCGUGCAGAUCCUGCAGCUCCAUCUGCUGGCCAAUCACCCUGACGACACUUUCCUCUUCCCCAGGCUGCUGCAGAAACUAGCUGACCUGAGGCAGUUAGUCACUGAGCAUGCACAGCUUGUGCAGGAGAUCAAAAAGACAGAGGACACCUCACUGCAUCCACUCCUGCAGGAGAUCUACAGAGACAUGUACUGAAGACAUUGGAGGUAUAACCACAGUAGGAAAACAAGAAACCAUCUCCUUCUGAGCGGGGACUUGAAAAGAAGAGGAGACAUCCACAUACUGGGUUUGAACCACUUAACCUCUGACCCUAAAGGGUUAGCUUUGGUGUCUGUCCAGUGUAAGGGAACCUAAAGGUGAAGAAAAAGGAGGCUGAUGAUUCAUUUGGUUUGACAAAGUGCUCUCCACUUCAUUGUGUGUGAACCUUAUCAGGCAGAAGAAUCAUGUAUGCUAAGAUACUUUGUACAGCUGAUUGAGCCCCUGUCCAGACACCACUGAAUGCAAUCUCUGACCAAACUCUCAAUGUUCUUUUUUCCAUAUUUUUUUUUUAAACGUCUGUAAGAUGACCUCCUUGGUGAAACCCUGAGUGAGCCCUAAUUUGAAGAACAAAAGUGAACUUUAUAAUUGCCACUCCAGCAGUUUGUUUUACAGCAACGAGCCAUAUGCCCAAAUAACUUAAUAACAGCAGCAAUUAUGCAGUUUAAAUCAAGGCAGCUUCUCCUCAAUUGGCUACCAAAAUGGAGCCGGUUGAGGAGCCAGUGGUUAUCAGCACACCAGCCCGCCAACGUGAUUCUCAAGCUUUUCAUAACCAGACUUUUCUAUGGAGUCACCUCCUGAACAUAACCGUUUCAUCUGUACUGUAUGUCCCCGAAGCCAUACUUUUUAAUGACACAGUCAAAAUUGCCAUUAUUAUUAUUUUAUUUUAAUAUUCUUGACAAGAAAUACGACUUAGUGCUUAAGUUGUCCACAAACUGUACUGGGAAUGCUUGGGUAGCAGACCCCAAAGUUCAGACUCACUGUGUACAUGCACCACAAUGCACUGAAGCACAAACAUGCCUGUGAUAUGUUAAUGUGACACUUUUCUAAUGGAGGUUUCAAAGGACAAAAAACACAUGCACAGAUGUUGGCACUCCCUCCUGAUGUGUGUUUUGGUAUUAAAGGGCUAACACUGUUAUUAAUCACAAUACAACUCUGACACAGGCAACACAUGAAUUCACUCAGCGAAUCUCUCUCUGUUAUUGUGUCUAACUGUCUGUUUGGUCCUCAUAACACACGUGUUAGUUAAGAUUUAAAAAUUUUAUGUGCACAUUUUUCCCUGAUGAAAAUGUAAUUGUUUUUAUUUUUCCCAGCUAAGAGAAAACCACAGUGGUAUGGCUUCAUAGAUGACACAUAUACUUUGUUAGUUGAAAGGUUGUAACACUUUCAUUUGUUUAGUUUUCUCUGUGAAAUCACUUGGCCAGUUAUAGAAGACAGUCAAUCUGGACGUAUGCAGGUAGAAGAAAAAUGAGUCUGUAGCCCUUUUCCCACCCAGUGAUUCUCUGGCUUUGGUGUUUUUGCUAUCUAACAAAAUGACAAAAUCGACACAUUUGCAUGAGAAAGUGCCGCUCCUGCAUUUUGUUGUCGUACUGCCUUUAAUAUAAAAUACAUACGGUGGACAUCAGAGGACCUACGUUAAGGGAAUGCUGAAAACAUGCAUAGUUUUCUGAUCAUACACAUCUGUCUCUCUGUGAGAGAGCGCUACGUCUUUUCUGCCUCAUCACCCACACUGUCCUGAAAUGAUCAUUUAAUUCAGAGAAAUGUUCCUUAUGUUUGUAACACAUCGCAGCAUCGACAGCAGAGCGGGCUUCACAUAUCUGACGCUUUCAAACUGACUGCUCACCCCAGCUUUUUAACUCUCGUGGUAAACAAGGUACUAAUGACGAUUGACUUUUGUAUUCCUAAGUUGUGAGGUGAAUACUUUCAGAUGUUUGAACAUUUACAGUAAAUGUAGUUAUGUACUGUAUGGUUAUUUUUCUUGGCCUAAAUGCGUCAUGCUUGUCUUUGAAUCAAAUCAUAUUUUUAUACUAAAGUCUAAAUAUAUAUAUAACAAAAUCUCACAUGUGUUUAUUUGAAAUGGCACAGCUGAAGAGUACAUUCUAAAUAGACUUAAGGUGUAACAGGGCAACUGGUAAUCUGCAUAUCCAUAGAUCUGAAUUCCCAGUGGUGGGAGGGGUGGGGGGUAUUCUUUAAGGUUAACUGCCAUUUUUGAAAUGGAGAGUCAUCUAGACCGUAAUGUGCAUUCAGUUCCUUCAACUUGCACUUCGUUUCUCUGUCGAAUUAAGCACUAGUUUUAAACUGCAAGCAUGCGUGGUCUGCGCAGGGCUAUACUAGCUUACACGUUUGAGUGGUUGGUUAUAAACUUGACCUCCGUGACCUUUUGAUUGCCAUGAAAAGUAAAAAAAAAUAAUAAUAAUUUUCAUAGGAAAUGUGAAGGCACAGCUUAGCACUGAUCAUCCAAUACUAAUCCCUUCUUCUAAUGCUCUUAUCUCAGGUUGUACAUAAGAAAACAAAGGGGGUAAUAUAAGCACAGAUGAGGGGGGGUCACAUAAUAUCUCUGUUGGUUUAUAGAGAAACUGAAUGCACUCGUAAUUUGCCAUUAAAUCACAUGCUAUAGCAGUAAAUGUGUUGCAGUAAUGAGAAGAACACGUAUAUUGUUUUACAAUUCUGAUCUCAUCAUGCUUUUUCUCUUUGUUUUUGUCUGACUUUUCUCACUCGCUGCUAUAUUGUACUAACUCACCAAGUAUUUCUUAUGCCAUAAGUAGAUUACUGAUCUUUAAACUGCCUCUACUUGCAUAUAUCUGGUCACAGAAUGUCAGACCCACUUCAGCGCAGCUCAGUUUUUAACCUUGCAGAAUUCCUGGGACUCGCUCAUCCCGGAUGUGCUCGGGGAAUAACCACAAACCUGUGUGUGCCUUAGUGUAUGCCAUAAAACACCAGAUUUUUAAAAAAGUUUCUUGUGCACACACUUGUAAACUGUUGGCAUCUUCAGCUAGAUUUAGCUGUUUGUGACACAAAAGGGUCCCGCAGGCAGGAAAAUAAUGUCACUGUACAUUCUAUACAAUGUGCACCCUUUUGGGCAGUAACAGUGAAGGAUUUGCUUUUUAAAGGUUAAACAUUAAAAAGAAAACGCUAGAAACUUUAUCAACAAGGCAACUCAAAAUUUCAACAAGAUGUCAUGUAAAUUUACAAAGUCAGCUUUCCCUUAAGAAUGUCUUUUUUGUGUGUUGAACUGUCAAGGGACUUUUAAACUUUUAUCAGGGAAUCGUAGUCUUCCUUUGUUGAACUAGCUCAGGAUAUAGGACAGUACUGUUUUCCCUUCCUCAUUCACUCUGGAGUGAGUAUAGAGUGCUCUGCCUUACAAUACGCAUACACCAACAACAAUACAGAUUAAGAUUACCUUUAUUUUUGUUUUUCAGAACUGAAAGAAAGAAAAGAAAAACUUGGGCUUACUUGGGGCAGCAGUUAUAGGAUUUAGAAAUGUGAUUUUUUUUUUCUCUCCUGAGUUAAA